CUCUCUCUCUCAAUUAUCCUAACUCUUCUGCUCGCAUCCCCUCGCCGGCCGGAGUGAACAGCAGAUCGCCAUAGAUUCCGGCGUCCGACCGCCGGAAUCCGCGAGAGAUACCGGCGGCCGAACGCCAUCCGAGGCGUACGCUUAGAAUCAUUCGAAAUCGGGCCAAGAAAGGGAAAAGAAGCGAGAGGGAGGGUAUAAUAUUUUAUUCGGUUGCGGCGGGCAGGCGGGAGGGCGGGGCGUGGCGGUCUUGCUUGCAUUGGAGGGGAAAAGGAGAGAGAGAGAGAGGAGGGGGAGAGGUAGACGCUCGCGCACGGCACGGAUGCCGAGGUGAUCCCUUGUGGGAUUCCCCCUGGCUGCCACCUCCUUGUCUUAUGGCGUAAUCUAUUCCCCUAUCUCUCCCCUGCCCCCUGUGGAUCGCUUUUAUAUAAAUUCUUCUCCGCUCCACCACCCUUGCCCCGUGCUGUCUGCGGCGAUUCUUGGUGAGCGGAGGAAGCGGGCGAUCCGGUUUCAGCGCCAAAAGGGUUUUCCCUUUAAUUUAAAUAUUGAGCACGUCGACAAUUGCUUGAGGCGAAGAAAGGAGCAAUUUGAGCUGCAACCUAAUUUCUUUAUUUGUUUCCUUUUUGUAUCAUUAGAGAUCAACCAUUUCUCCGGGGAAUUCAAGCAGACCAUGGGGGAAGAAGGAAUGGCCAUGUGAGGAAAGUCUGGGGUUCUAAAUAUGAAUUUUGGUCGUGUCUUUGAUUUUGGAGCUGCAGAUAUCCUACUAAAAUGAUGAAACAAGGGCUGCAAGCUCCAUUCAAUCUGCACUCCGAGGCAUCUCCAUUUUUAUCCGAGGAGCUGCACUUUGUUACUGAGAUUGGAGAAACUUUGGUUUUCAUCUGAUAGUCAUCUAGGGAGCUCCAAAUAUUGCUUGUAUCUUCUUAAUUAUCAGUAUUUCCUGGGAGCAAUCCAUUUCCAACAUUUAGCAUGGACAUUUGGGGGAUCUCCAUUUAUCUGAGCUUUUAGAGGGUCCAAGUUGAUUAUACUAGGGAAGGCAAAUAAUGGCAGGGAGCAAGUCUGUCUCAUCUAUACUUGAUGAGCUUCAUAAGAUUGGAUUAAGCCCUGUGGAAAGCUUAGAGUUUUCGGAGUCUUAUGUUCUUAAGGACAAGAAGACUAAAUCAAGUUUUGAACAUCAUAUACUGGAGCCACAGAGGAUGACCAGCAUAUCUACUAUUUCAAGAGUUGCUGAUCAUGUUUCUGAAUCCCGAUCUGAUCCAUUGGCUCUACAAUCUUCUUUGUUCAGUGAAGGGAACAUAAUGGAUCUUAGUGGGUCACAUUUUGAGAAUGGACUUUUCUCUAGUUCUUUAUCAGAUAUAUUCAACAAUAAAUUGAAAUUGUCAUCAAAUGUUGUUCAGUCUGUUCAUUCAGUUAACUCGAACUUUGGUGAAGAAGUGUUCUUUGAAUCAAUGGAGGACAUCGAAGCUCAAACUAUUGGGAACCUCCUUCCUGAUGAUGAUGAAUUGCUAUCUGGUGUUACUUACGAUAAGGGAUAUACUGGUAAACCCAAUGAUGAGACUGAUGUUGAUGAUGACAUAUUUUACAGUGGUGGUGGUAUGGAACUAGAAACUGAUGAUAAAAUAAAUGAGAACAAAACAUAUGAAUUUGCUGGUGGAGGAGCUUCUAAUUAUCAACAAGGCAAACUAAAUGGCCCAUUUGCCAGUGAACACCCAUAUGGUGAACAUCCCUCUAGAACUCUUUUUGUUAGAAAUAUCAAUAGCAAUAUCGAGGAUGGUGAACUAAGAGCUCUUUUUGAGCAAUAUGGGGACAUACGGACACUCUAUACUGCUUGCAAGCAUCGUGGUUUUGUUAUGAUAUCCUACUAUGAUAUAAGGGCAGCACUAAAUGCAAUCCAAGCACUCCAAAACAAGCCGUUGAGGUGUUGGAAAUUGGAUAUCCACUUCUCUAUUCCAAAGGACAACCCUUCUGAGAAGGAUGUAAAUCAGGGUAUGCUUUUGGUAUUCAACCUGGAUUCCUCUGUUACAAAUGAUGAUCUCCAUCAGAUAUUUGGAAUUUAUGGUGAAAUCAAAGAGAUAUGCAGCACUCAACAUAAGUGUCAUCACAAAUCCAUAGAAUUUUAUGAUGUUAGAGCUGCUGAAGCUGCUCUUCAUGCCUUAAAUGGGAGUGAUAUUGCUGGCAGGAAAAUUAGGCUUGAGCUUAGCCACCUUGGAGGUGCAAGAUGCUUCACGCAACAGUUAUCUCCAGAGCUGAACCAGGAAGAAUUACAUGGAUGCUGGCAUGAAAGUCCAAAUAACUAUCUCCCUGGGUGCUUUGGACCAUCCUCGCUUGGAGUAAACACAUCCAAAGGUCUUGAAAAUGGAGCUAUCCAAGGUCUAAAAUCUGCGGUUCGAGCACCAUUCAACCCAAUUAUAGAGGCCACAUUCCAUGGAAUGUCAUCUAGCAUGUCUCAGAAUUUACCUUCCCCUAUAAGAGUUGCAUCAGUUGGUAACAUUGAAGCUGCCCAUUCUGACAUCACGCAUUCACUGGGCCAGAUGAAUUUUGAAUUUCAAGAUAUGCCUGGUUUUCAUCCUCGUUCCCUUCCAGAUUAUCACGAUGAAGUAAAUAAUGACAUUCCUUACCACUCAAGUACUAUGUCAGCCGUGGGUACCGGUGUCAUAUCCAGACCUGUUGAAGGAAUUGAUAAGAGGCAUCUACAAAAAGUAGGAUCUGCUAGCUUCAAUGGGCAUGCUACUGAUCACAAUGAAGCAUUUUGUUCUGCAAAUGGAAGCUGCUCUCUUCAGGGACAUCAAUAUGUAUGGAAUAAUACAAAUGUGUUCCACCAUAAAACCCCUAGCCCCAUGUCAUGGUCAAAUCCACCAUCAUUUAUAAACAACAUUCCUACUAAUCCAUCUCAGAUCCAUGGAAUUCCUAGAGGACAAUCUCAUAUGGUAAACACGGUUGUUCCUUUACACCAUCAUGUUGGUUCGGCACCUGCUGUCAAUCCAUCACUUUGGGGCAGGAGACAUACCUAUGGUGGGGAUUCCAUUGAACGGCCUGCUUUUCAUCCUGGAUCUCACGGAAGCAUGGGGCUUUCUGCAGCUUCUCAGUUGCAUUGGCUAGAACUUACUUCUCAUAACAUAUUUUCUCGUGUUGGUGGAAACUGUAUGGACCCUUCUGUUUCUCUUGCACAUAUCGGUAUUCUUUCACCUCAACAAAGGGGUCAUAUUUACCAUGGAAGGAAUCCAAUCUUCCCCAUGCCUGGUUCAUUUGAUGGUCCUACUGAGCGGAUCAGGAGCCGAAGAAAUGACACAAAUGCUACUCAGAGUGAUAACAAGAAGCAGUAUGAACUUGAUAUUGAACGUAUUAUAUGUGGUGAAGACUCUCGAACGACACUUAUGAUAAAGAACAUCCCCAAUAAAUACACCUCUAAGAUGCUGUUGGCUGCUAUUGAUGAAAAUCAUCGAGGAACUUAUGACUUCAUCUAUUUGCCAAUUGAUUUUAAGAACAAAUGCAACGUUGGCUAUGCGUUUAUAAACAUGGUCAAUACUCAGCAUAUCAUUCCAUUUUACCAGUCAUUUAAUGGUAAGAAAUGGGAGAAGUUUAACAGUGAAAAAGUAGCAUCACUUGCAUAUGCCAGAAUCCAAGGGAAAGCAGCUCUGAUUGCUCAUUUCCAGAACUCAAGUCUGAUGAAUGAAGAUAAACGCUGUCGUCCUAUCCUCUUCCAUACAGAUGGUCCUAAUGCCGGGGAUCAGGAGCCCUUUCCUGUGGGCACUAAUAUCAAGUCAAGGUCAGGCAGAUGGAGGACGGACAGUAGUGAAGAGAACCAUCAGGGAGAUAAGUCCACCUCUGCAAAUGGAGAAGCCUCUUGUGUUGCAGCGGUUUCCCCUUCGGGUCCACAAAAGAUUUGAGUGAGAACAAUGCCACCUAUUGGAGGGGCAUUGACUUUGAGGCCAUAUCCAUAGUCUGGUGAUCACAUAUGCAAUAUGCUGUGUUAUGGUUGCACCUGGAUGCUAUUUGAAGUGCAUUACCAAGUUCUUGGACUAUUUCAUCAGGAUUUCAUCAAAAUUACUGAGUCAAAAUGGGAAAGGUGCUGGGAGAGCCCCAAGAUUUUGGAUAUACACAAAGAGUAAAAAGAACGAUGUACAGAUAUUUCGGUAGAGGAAAAUAGGUUUUUUCUCGCGGUUUUGACAUAUCCUCUCCGUAUUUUUCUCCUUUUCUAAGCCACCCAUUGGUGUAUUUGUUUCUCCGAGUUCUUCGAAUUUGUUACAUCGUCACACAUAUUUAUAUCAAUACUUAUCGCGCUCUUUCUUUUCA